AUGACCGAACUGUUUGCUGAAUUCUGCCCAACUGCGAUUGGCAAAAGAAUCACACCACAUGAGAACCAAAGAUCUCUACCGGGCCACCAUCACUACUGCUUCAUUGACUUCGCUACCAGGGAACAGGCAGCCAACGCGAAGGACGCACUGAAUGGUCAACCCUUUGGAGAAGAUAAUUUGAAGGUAUCAAUCGCAAGUUCGGUACCGGAAAAACUGGUGAAUAGACAUACGGUGAAGAGAGAGGAUCAUCCGGGGCGCGAUAAAAAAGCCUUCUAUCGCCCCAGCAACUCUUCCUCUGAAAGCAGAGCCCAAGAAUCCAACAACUGGCGCAACAAAAACUAG